AUGGAUGAGAGUCGAGUCGAAGUCAAUCGACCUAAUCUGUCGCAAACUCAGAGAUCAAAUGUUGCGUACAGUCCGAGACAGGGUAUCCCACCUGCCUCUUCUUCUUCCGAGUCUAAUGAACCAGUUAAGGUACCGGUUAUAAAUAGAAAUAAGUGUUCCUAUUGUAAACGAUUUGGACAUAAUAAAGACGCUUGUGAGAAGUUGUCAUAUAAAAAUCAGUCAAGUAAAAAGGAGUCGAUACCCCAGUUGACUUGUUUUGGAUGUGGUGCACCGGGAGUGAUUCGUUCAAAUUGCGCCACAUGUAAAGGGAAUAAACCCGUGGUGUCAACCAGUAGUGACUUUCAUUCGGUUGCAGCAAGUGUAGACUGUAUGGAUUCGCGUUUGCGCCCAGUGAUUAGUAUUGGAAUUUAUGGCGCUAGUGGUAAAGUUUUAGUAGACACUGGUGCAAAACAUUGUGUAGGAAGUGUUAGCCUUAGAUCCCUGUUAAUUAAGAAUAGACAUAAGUUAGAUACUGUUUAUACUGAACUUAAAUAUGCGGAUGGUCGUGCAUGUGCACAAAACGUUGAAGUGGCGCACGUCCGCGUAACCUUGAGAGGGAUAACGUUAGGUGUGGAUUUUAUUAUGCUUCCUAACGCGACGGAAAGUUUAUUAGGUAUGAAUUUUAUACAAGACAUUGGCAUGGUUUUAGAUUUUCAGCGCGGUAUUUGGUUUUUGAGAGGUGAUAAGACGCCCCAACCCAUUGAAUAUGAGUUGUCCGAUAGCCAAGGACAUGUUAAGGGCAAAUACCAUGCCAGUGCCUUAACGCCGUAUGUAGGGUCUUCUAAAGCCAUUGUACAUCAGAGACGGCGUGGCCGACCAACCAAGUCACAGCCGGGUCGUCCUUGUGACUUGGAGGGGGAGGCUAUAGCGCGUAGUAAUAUACCCGCCGCACCUAACGUCCCUAUUCGCCCUUGUCCCCCGCGACGCUCCCCGCGUUUCCGUGCGCCUGACGGCGCCCGCGCUUCCACCCCGGCAGUGAGACAG